ACGUCGGCGUAGAGGAGUUUGCUUUGACGCUUCAUCACUCCGCAGGCUGUCUUGAGUGGUAGCAGCGUUAGUGCAGGAAUUUAUCCAAAAAAAUGGAAACGUUAUACAGUCUUCCGUUUUCUGUGCUAGAAUGUCCAAAUAUCAAGCUAAAAAAACCUUCAUGGCUACAUAUGCCCUCUGCUAUGACCGUGUAUGCAGUGGUCAUUGUGUCAUACUUUCUCAUCACCGGGGGCAUCAUUUAUGAUGUGAUUGUGGAACCACCAAGUGUCGGCUCGAUGACGGAUGAGCACGGCCAUCAGAGACCGGUGGCUUUUCUGGCCUACAGGGUGAAUGGGCAGUACAUCAUGGAGGGUCUGGCCUCGAGCUUCCUCUUCACCAUGGGCGGGCUGGGCUUCAUCAUCCUGGACCGCUCCAACGCGCCCAACAUCCCCAAGCUCAACCGCUUCCUGCUGCUCUUCAUCGGCUUCGUGAGCGUGCUCCUCAGCUUCUUCAUGGCCCGCGUUUUCAUGAGGAUGAAGCUCCCUGGUUACCUCAUGGGAUAAAGAUGUCCAGUGUCGCACCAGAUUUAGGAUUCGAUUUGAUGAGUUUAUGCCACAAAGGCAACCUCAUCAGUGCCAUGAAAGACUGUUGGUAAUCAAGUGUGUGUGUGUGUGUGUGUGAGUGUGAGUGUGGGUGGGUGUGUUGGUGGCUUUCUGUCUGCCUGCCUGCCUGUGUGUGUUUGUUUAUGGGUGUGGUUAUGUAUGAGUGUGCGAUGUGUUUUUCCAAGUGCUUUACUGAGUAGAAUCCAUGUUCUCAUCAAGUAGAUUCGGCGAGUUUGACCUCAGUCACUGACUCCAAAUCUGUGAAUGGGUCCAGCGACUGGGUUACUGAGUUAUGCAGUAGUAGAUGUCAGUGUAAACUUGACCGAGCUUUGGUAAUUGUCCAGAGUGAUGUUUAGCCUCAGAUGCACUUGUUUUCUUAGACACUGAGGUGUCUGCGAGUGUGUGUGUGUGUGUGUGUGUGUGUGUGUGUGUGUGUGUGUGUGUGUAUGAUGCAUGCAGUUUUUCUAUGAGAAAUGAGAAUAAACGUCCUUUCCACUA